CCCAACUGAAAAUUGUGGAUGUGUUCUACUCCCGGUCUGACAUCAGGCUCAACAUUGUUCAGGCUGGGACCAUCUUACGGAAAACUUGUGUAUGUGAAAAACAAUGAUUCUACCCAAUCGGGUCUUUUCAACCCGGCAAGCCCCGCCAACGUUGAAUGUUGAACGCCAGCAUCCGCUCCACAGCACACUGAAGAGGGCCGAACGUUGUUUUUUCCGCCGUACUUGAACGCAGCAGAGCCGCGGUGCUCCUGUCGUGGGCUGUGUGUCUUCUGUGAAAGCGGACGGGUGCGUGGUGUGAGCGGGGAUGGAGACGAUUAACUGCCGCCGUGGAGCGUCAGAGAGAAGCCGCUGAGGUGAACGGCGUCUCGGUGGAUUCUAGCAGCGAUGAGUGAAACGGUGACGAGGAGAAGAAAGGCACUGGGGCUGAAGACCUUUAAGCAAAGAUGGAGUGAGCAGCCCAAAGAGACCUUCGACACCUCUGAUGUUCCUGGAAAACACAGUGCCACGCCACCAGGUGAGGAUGAUGGACGACAAGGGGCUCUCAAGAGGUUUAGUGUUAUGUGGCCCGCCUUUCUCAAGAGCAGAAAGGACAAAGUCAAAGACCCUGAGCCUGCAGAGACGGGACAGAACCUGCCAGUUGUUGACGUGUCCAUGCAGCCCCGACGUGUCAGUGGGCAGUACUUCUUUGAGUAUCUAGUGGUGGUCAGCUUAAAGAAGAACAAUGAUGGCAGCAGCUAUGAGCCUCAAAUUACCUACCAGUUUCCUAAGAGAGAUGUAAUGGCCAAAUCUCAGAAGGAGGAGGAGGAGAAGACCCUAAAGGCAAUCUCUCUAUUCUGUUUCCCAGAGGGCAUUAACUGGGCUCCUUUAACAGAGUACCACAGUGAGACCUUCUCUUUUGUUUUGACUGAUAUUGAUGGCAGUAGAAGAAAUGGAUACUGCAGGAGGUUACUGCCAAGAGGAAAAGGAGCUCGGCCUCCAGAGGCUUACUGUAUUAUCAGUUCACUGGCUUGCUUUGGCCUCUUCUCUAAGAUAUUCGAUGAGGUGGAGAAGCGGCGGCAGAUCUCCAUGGCCUUGAUCUACCCAUUCAUGCAGAAGUUGAGAGAGGCUUCGUUCCCUGCUCCCGGACAAACAGUGGAGAUUAAGAGCUUCAUUCCGGAGUCGGGCACCGAGAUCAUCUACCUGACCCGACCAUUGGAUUCUUGGCUGGAACACGUCAACUUUUGCACUUUGUUUGAUUGCCUAACAGACGAGGAGGUGAUGCAGGUGUUUGCUGCUGCCGUUCUGGAGAGACGGAUCAUUUUCAUUGCAGAGGAAUUAGGCACAUUAUCUCAGGUCCUUCAUGCAGUUGCAGCCCUCCUUUAUCCUUUCACCUGGCAGCACACUUUCAUCUCCAUCGUUCCAGAGAUCCUGAUUGAUGUGGUGAUGGCACCCACCCCCUACCUACUGGGAGUCCAGAAGCGCCUGCUGGACGUGGUCACCGACCAGAGUGAUUUACUGCUGGUUGACUUGUCGAAGGAUAAGGAGAAAACUUUCCUAGUGACUAUUGGUGAUGAGGAUUCAGUUCUUCCCCCAAAGCUUCAGGCAGAAAUACUGAAUGCGCUGAGUCAGAGGAAAAAAGUUUCAAACGUGGAGGGCGUGAAGAAGGUGGAGGAGGUGAACCGGGUGGUGUCUGAGGCCUUCCUCCACUUCUUUGUCAGAACGGUUGGCCAUUACGCCUCCUACGUCAAAUAUGCAAAAGAAAGCCCUGCUGUGUUUGACAAGAGACGCUUCUACAAGGCCAUCGAGUCAAAGACGACCCGACACUUUGUCAAGAAGUUCAUCCAGACGCAGAUGUUUGACCUGUUUAUUCAGGAGGUGGAACAACAGCAGCCGUCGGGCCUGCAGCAAGGGAUAUUUCACAGAAAGAUUGCUGAAUAUCAGAAGAACAAAAAUGAGAAAACAAAGAAACACUAGCUGACACUUUGGGCCUCUGGGUGUAAAUAUAUUGUGUGUGUGUGUGUGUAUAUAUAUAUAUAUAUAUAUAUAUAUAUAUAUAUAUAUAUAUAUAUAUAUAUAUAUAUAUAUAUAUAUAUAUAUAUAUAUAUAUAUAUAUAUAUAUAACCGUAUAUAGGAAAAGAUGUGAAUAUUGCACUGUGUUUUUUAAAUGACUUUUAAGUUUGGUUUUAAAUGAUUCUGUACCAACGUCUGAAUUGCUGUAUGACUGUGUUGCUGCUACUCACAGUGUCAAACACUGGUGUAUGGGAGACUUCUGACCGUGAGGUGAUUCUCAGCCUGUGGCCUCCAUCAUGAUGCUGAUGAACCGGAAAAUCGUUUCUAAUAAAGAUUAGUUUCUUAAGUCAAUGUACCUUCCUGCUAUGAUUUAAGGCUUGGGGAGUUUAUUCUAAUGAUGCAUUUAAUGUGUACUUUCUCAUUGCAAGCGAGCACAGUGUCAGGUUUGAUGUAAACUGACUUCUUUAAUGUGUAUAAACUGACACGUUUCCAAGAUUCCCUCCAA